GUAACUCUGUCAAUUUCCGUCCUCCAUCUUUCCGCAUUGGGUUUUCACGAUGCCGCCUAAGAAGGACGCAAAGUCGUCGGCCAAGCAGCCGCAAAAAACACAGAAGAAAAAGGAGGGCUCCGGUGGCGGCAAGGCCAAGAAGAAGAAGUGGUCCAAAGGCAAAGUCAGGGAUAAGCUGAACAACCAAGUUCUGUUCGACAAGGCCACCUAUGAGAAAUUGUACAAGGAAGUGCCUGCUUACAAACUGAUUACUCCCUCGGUUGUCUCUGAGCGCUUGAAGAUCCGUGGUUCAUUGGCCAAGCGUGCUCUGAUUGAGCUGCGCGAAAAGGGUCUCAUUAAGCAGGUCGUGCAACAUCAUUCCCAGGUCAUCUACACACGUGCCACCAAGGGUGAUGAAGCGUAAAUUUAGCUUUACCACACAUACAGUGCCGCACGUAAAUUUACAAUAUAACAAUUGAUUGUAUGAAGGUACCAAGGCUCUACUGCAUGUAGUAGAAUGUUGAAUAAACUUGCUUUUUGAUGUAAGGAA